AUGUCGGACACGAGCAGCCCUACAAAGGACAACACCACCAGGACAUCGGCUUGGUCUGAAUCAAGACCAAAGUUUGUCUUCGUAGAAGGACGAGCCAAGAGUCUGUCGCAACGGGAUAGAGCACUACUUAACAGUGAAGUACGUGCUCAUGCCGCUUUUGUCAGUCACAACAGAUCAGACUCGGGCGGCAACUCUCGAUCUGCAUCACCUGCGAAUGCAUCCAAACGUCAAGCUGGAAUCAGAUCAAAGAUUGCGCCACGACUCCAUUCGGUUUCCCCAGACGUCCCUGACAGGAAGAAGCGAAGACGUUCGCAGCAACGCCAGGAUGCGGCGGCAGCUCCUCAGCGGCCGGACUCUGUCUACGACAGGACAGAACUGUACAAGAUAGUUCCGUAUUGGAUAGAGCACGAAUCGAUGGAAGCCCUGGACUUCAUGCUCAGUGUGAUGGAUCCAGCCCACAGCGGCUUUUGCAGCCUGUUCAAUAUCGCCAAUGUCGACAAGAUCAUGCUGGAAUUCAUGUCCGAUGACUUGUUCUUCCAUAGCUUCAUUGCUUUUGUCGCCUACUUUAUGGGACAGGCGCGAAAUCCAGGCUCGUCAUCUUCGGAGCAUGUCUUCAGCCAGCGAGGCCACGCUCUUCGCCAUCUCAACAAAGCCAUCCAAUCUUUACAGCUCGAAGAAGCUCCGUUACAGGCUUCGCCUAACGAUCUCACCAUAUCCGCCAUUGUUUACCUGGCAUUGCUGGAACAGCUUCUGGGCAACGAUGACGGUCACACGUUACACGCAACAAACCUCAGCCAUAUCGUUGCUAUGCGAGGAGGUGUUGAUGCCAUCUCGAACCAGUCAACCAAGACCUUGUUGCUCACAUACAAUUCGCAGUGGGAGCUAGAGACCGGCAUCGAGAGAAUCCCAGUGGCGUGGAGUUGCAGUCCGCCGCCUGGAUUGUCUGCGUCAGUGAGAGUCUCAGACGAGGACGUGGCGAAGUUGCCGGAAGGUUUUCAACUGCUGGCUAUGCAAGGUUAUCUGUCACACGAUACCCUGGUUUUGCUGGGCCGAGGCGUUGAUCUCGGUCUCUCGAUGCGCUCGCGAGCGAAAGUUCGUGAGUCAACUGCCGCUCAAGAGCAGCGUCGUCCUCACCACAGCCUCCAUGAAGCCUGUCCAGUGCUGAAAGCGGCCGACGAUGACGACUCGAUGCUGGACAAGGUCAUUACUCUAGCCAUGAUCCUGUUCGCUCAUAUAACCUUCUUGGAAAAGCGAAGGCCUCAGAAACCGCCAGCAUACCAGGCCGCACGGGCUGAGCUCACGAGAAUUCUCUCGUCCAACCUAGCCUUCCCCUCACCAUGGGGCACUGAGAGCUGCGUGUGGAUCUGGUGUUGGCUGCUUGCGAUCGACGCAUGGCGCGCGGACAGCGGUCCCGCCACCGCGUUACUGCCAGACGGUCACGCACUGCUGCAUCAGCUCCUACAACACUGCGAAGGCGCUCUGGAACGUUGGGACCACGCGAAGGGCAUAGUUGAUCGAUUCUUCUGGAGCGACGAGCUGGACAGCUUUUGGCAGCGCCACUGGCAGCAGCUGGUCGGUGCUGCCGGCAGCACCGUUCCAGGCACCUGGCUGGCUAGAUGA